UCACCUUGAGAGAGAAACUUUGAUUUCAAAUAUGUUUUAUGGUAUCAGAGCCUUGUCGGUGAGGAAUCAGAGAGUUUCUUUCAAUUGUAUUCCUAUUCUCUUGUUCCCAUUCUGUAAUGGCCCCAUCUCAAAACAGUAGCUACCCAUAUCCUUCUACCCUCAAUGUGUCAAACUUUGUUUCCCUAAGACGUACUCCCACCAACUAUCUAUUAUGGAGGACUCAAAUGGCCGCCUUAAUUGAAAGUCAAGACAUGCAGGGAUUCCUAAAUGGAGAGUAUGUCAUGCCGAUAGCCAAAAUCACCCCAACUAACAGCACUGAUGCUGAGGGACCCAAAGAGACUCUUUCUGAAGAAGUGCUUGGAAUCGUUGUGGGACUCACAACAUCUCGUGAGGUUUGGGAUGCUUUAGAAGAAGCUUAUCCCCAAGACUCUCAAGAGAGAGAGUUCAAUUUGACACAAGCAAUGACCACAUUGCGGAAAGGUAACAAUUCAUUGACUAAAUAUUUAACAAAAUUCAAGGCUAUUUGUGAUGAACUUGCUGCUAUGGGGAAACCAGUACCAGACAAAACCAAAGCCUUUUGGGUGUUACAAGAACUUGGCCAAGGCUAUGAGAACUUUGUGACAACCAUUUAUAAUCAUCCUCAAGUGGCCUUUUACGAACAAAAGACUAAUGGAAACCAAAACAAGAGGAAAGGAAAUGGCUUCAACAAAUUCAACUCAAAAGGAAAAGGUUUCUUUCAAGGCAAUGGAACUAACAGCACUUACAAUAGUGCUAGUGCAAACUACUUUUCUCAUGCAGGUAAUAGGAAUGUCGGAUCUAACUUUAUGAGGAAUCAGCCUAACAACUUCAACAAACAGAAGGCUGAAGCUCAAAAUCCCAUCAUGGAGAGUGCAGUCAAAUGCCAAAUUUGUGGAAAGCUCAAUCAUACUGCUAUGAAGUGCUUCAAUAGAUUUAAUCACUCAUAUCAAGAAGAUGACAUUCCAAAGGCAUUGGCAGCCAUCACCAUUAAUGACAAUCAGGAGCUUGAAUGGCAUCCAGACACAGGUGCAUCUGUCCAUAUGAUAGGAAAUUCUAGUAAGCUAAAUAACUUAAAACCUUAUCAUGGCCAAGAUGCUGUUAUAGUUGGGACAAGUGAACCAACAAGGUAAUUGCUUUUGGAAAAAAGACUGGAGGUCUAUAUGCUUUAGAGGAUGCUUUGGAGGAAGGACAUAGGGCACUUUUCUCCACUUGGUUUAGAAGAACAAAUAAAGAAAGGUGGCAUCAAAGGCUUGGCCAUCCAAACUAUCGUGUUAUAAAUUUCUUUUUAAGCA